AUGGAUAAGAGUUGGAUGCACCAUUCUAGAUUAAGUGAUUCAUACCAAGAAGGUGUUAAUUUUUUCCUUGAUUUUGCCUUUAAAAAUGCAAGUCAUGAAGACAAAAUUGUAUGUCCCUGUGUAAAGUGCGGUCUUAUCACACCUGUCAUCCGUACAAUUGCAUUUGAACAUUUGAUAUGCAACGGAUUUGUAGAUGGUUACACUAAAUGGGUAUUGCACGGAGAAACUUCUUCGCAUGCUACGCAAAAUGUUGACACUCCUAGUGAUACUCAUGAGUCAAAUUAUACCAUUGAUAUGCAAGGAGUUAUAUACGAUGCAAUUGGACAUAGUAUUGGAGACGACGAAUGUGAAAUUGAAAAUGAUAAUCUUCAAGGUGAAGGUGAUGAACCAAAUGCGAAAGCAAAAGAAUUUUACAAUUUGAUAAAAGAUGCAGAGAAAGAACUUUACCCAGGUUGUACGAGUUUUACAAAGCUCUCGUUUUUAAUUCAAUUAUUUCAUAUUAAAUGCAUUUGUGGAUGGAGUGACAAAUCGUUUGGCAAGGUACUUGACUUAUUCAAAAAAGCAUUGCCAAAAGGUGAAACAUUACCCAAUUCUUUUUAUGAAGCCAAAAAAUUAAUCAACGCUCUAGGACUUGAUUAUGAAAAAAUUGAUGCAUGUCCAAAAGAUUGCAUGUUGUAUAGAAAAGAACAUGCAAAUGACACAGAAUGUGAAGUAUGCUCUACACCAAGGAGUGAAGCUAUAGUCUUGCGCCAUUUUCCAUUGAUACCAAGAUUACAAAGAUUAUUUAUGUCAUCAAAAACAUCUGAUUUUAUGACUUGGCAUUAUAAACAAGAUCGUAAAAGAGAUGGUUGUAUGAGACACCCAAGUGAUUCUCUAGCAUGGAUGACUUUUGAUCACAAUCAUAAGGAUUUCGCUGCAGAUCCUCGAAAUGUCAGACUUGGGCUAGCUUCUGAUGGAAUGAAUCCUUUCAAAACAUUAAGUGUAAGCCAUAGUACAUGGCCAGUUAUUUUGAUACCAUAUAAUCUUCCUCCAUGGAUGUGUAUGAAGCAACCUAAUUUUAUUAUGUCUUUGCUCAUACCUGGUCCAGACGCACCUGGAAAUAAUAUUGAUGUAUAUCUAAAGCCACUGAUUGAAGAGUUAAAGGAGUUAUGGGAAGUUGGAGUUGAAACUUUUGAUGCAUCUACCAAAAAAAACUUUAAUAUGCGGGCAUCACUAUUAUGGACUAUUAGUGACUUUCCAGCAUAUGCAAACUUAUCAGGAUGGAGCACGAAAGGAAAAUAUGCAUGCCCAUCUUGUCAUCAAGACACUUAUUCUUUAUGGUUGAAGUAUAGCAAAAAACAUUGUUAUAUGGGACAUCGACGCUGGUUAGAAAACAACGACCCAUUUAGAAAUGAUGAAAAGUCUUUUGAUGGCACAAAAGAGAAAAGAAUGGCUCCAACACCAUUAAGUGGUUCUAUAAUACUGGAUACGUUAGUAGGCUACCAACUUAAAUUUGGGAAGACAGCUGUUAAUCCUUCAUUGCCAUACAAUUGGAAGAAAAAGAGUAUAUUUUUUUAUUUGCCAUAUUGGAAGGAUAAUUUAUUACGACACAAUCUUGAUGUGAUGCAUAUUGAAAAGAAUGUAUGUGAAAGUUUGAUUGGGACAUUAUUGAGUUUAGAUGCAAAAAAUAAAGACAAUCUGAAUGCACGUCUUGAUUUAAAAUAUAUGGGUAUUAGAUUUGAACUUCAUCCAAAGGAGAGCGAGUCAAAGAAAACUGUCAUUCCGCCUACAUGUUUUACAUUAAGCAAAAAAGAAAAAAUUGUCUUCUGUCGAUUUCUAAAGACAAUUAAGGUUCCAGAUGGAUAUGCUGCCAACAUUUCUAGAUGUGUUGAUGUAAGCAAAAGAAAAAUUUAUGGGCUCAAAAGUCACGAUUUUCAUAUCAUUAUGACUCAAUUACUACCACUAGCAUUGAGGGGAAUAUCGAGUGCACAUGUUCGUCUACAUCUAACUCAUUUAAGCAACUAUUUUCGCAUGAUGUAUUCAAAAGUUGCUCUACCACAAGAUUUUAUGCAACUUGAACAACAAAUACCUAUCAUUCUUUGUAAUCAUGAAAAAUUAUUUCCCCCUGCAUUUUUUGAUAUAAUGGUUCAUUUGGUGAUACACUUAGCAUAUGAGGCAAGAAUUGCUGGUCCAUCAGUUUACCGUUGCAUGUACCCUAUUGAAAGGUACUUAUCUAAAUUAAAGUCAUAUGUUCGAAACAAAAGCAAACCGGAAGGUUGUAUUGCUGAAGGAUAUUUAGCUGAUGAAUGUUUAACAUUUUGCUCAAGAUAUAUGGAAGGUGUGGAGACAAAAUUUAAUCGCAAGCCUAGAAAUUACAGUAAUGUGGAACCAAAUGGAGAAACACUGCCUAUUUUCCAAACGACGGGUCGACAUUUGGGCAAAAUAGAUACUAAGAAUUUAGAUGAGGAUACUAAAGUUAAGGCACAUCGAUAUGUGUUAUUUAAUUGCAAUAUCGUAGAAUCAUUUAUUGAGGAACAUCGAAAUAUGAUUGCACAACAAAACUCUCGUCAAACAACCAUGACCGUAGAUCAGAUUCAUAGCCAAUCAUUUCCUUCAUGGUUUGCAAAAAAGGUAGAAGAAUUAUAUGAUAAUGGGGAUGAUCGAGUUUCUGAAGAUUUACGUUGUUUGGCAAAAGGUCCGAACAAUAUUUUCAUUCGAUUUAAAAGAUAUCUAAUAAACGGUUUCAGGUUUCACACAAAAGAAAUCGAAAAGAACUUAAGAACUCAAAAUAGUGGAGUUAUUAUGACUGCCAAGACUCAAAGUUUCGCAAGUAGUAGGGACCCAAAUCUGUUUUCGGAGAGAAGUGGCAUUAAAAAAGAUAAGGAUUGCACAAGAGUCAACUUUUCAAAAUUGAUGCGUGAAGAUGAGCCAUUUAUACUAGCUUCUCAAGCAGAACAGGUAAUGUAUGUGGAAGACCUCAAACAUAAUGGAUGGCAUGUUGCUUUAAAAAUCAAUCCUAGAGAUUAUUAUAAUAUGAGUGUGCAAUCACACGAUGAGAAUGUGGAGUCUUAUUUGCAAACUGAAGUUUGUAGCGCAACUAUUGAUGUUGAAGAUGGAGAGAGUAGUUUGGUUAGGGAAGAUAUGCAAGACAUAACCAUUGAUACAUCAAUGUCGUUUGAUACAAAUGAGAUGGAUGAAGAAACUCAGGGAUUCCAUCCUCAUAUUGAAGCAAGAACCGAGAGGGAAGAAGGAAAGGAAGAAGUGCACGAAUGGUGGAAAUGGGUGGCCGUGCAUGGGGAAUACCACUUUGGGUGGUCACGCGUGGAGGCCGGUGGUGGGGCUAGUGGUGGCCAAAGUGAUGAGCAUGGUGGUUUAUGGAGUGAGGUCGUGGCUGCCAUGGUGAGAAACCUUGGUUAG